UCACUCUUCUCACAUUUGGAAAGACGGCCUCUUUUGACGUCUGAGCAUGUAUCGCGCGAUAUUCAUCCCGAGACGGUUGCUUUGGCAUUGCGCUAUUCACAUGGUCAUUGUAUCGGUAGCAAUACACGAUGCAUUGCGAUGCUCGAUUGUUUCAAGAUUCUCAUUGCAGACUAUGUUACUCCGUCGGGUACAACGCUGUCUCGCAACCUUUCUCCCUAUUUGUCUACACAAAUCUCUUAUCUAAUCACAGCGAGACCAUUGAGUGUCAGCAUGGGCACUGCAAUCCGCCUCCUCAAACAAGCCAUUUCAACGCGCGAUAUCGACAAGCCCGAUGACGAUCUCAAGGAAGAGCUUUUCGAUUUUAUCGAGACGUUCAAGCGUGAGCGCAUCACCGUCGCUGGCCAAGUCAUCGUAAAACUUGCAACGCCACGCAUCUCAGACGGAGAUGUUGUUCUUGUCUAUGCACACUCCACGAUUGUCUUGAAAAUCCUAUUAGCAGCCGCUGAGCAAGGGACACGAUUCAGUGUGGUUGUUGCUGAUUCUCGUCCGAAUUUCGAGGGACGACGGAUGCUUGAUGCCUUGACGACUGCUCGCGUGGGUGGUACGACGAAGGACGAUUUGGUCGGAUUGCCACGAGGAAUACCCGUCACUUACAUUCAACUCACUGGACUUUCUUAUGCGCUCAAAUCCGUCACAAAGUGUUUACUAGGUGCCCAUGCCGUUCUUGCGAAUGGUGCACUGUACAGUCGUGCGGGCACUGCACUAGUCAGUAUGGCGUGCUAUGAAGCACAUAUACCCGUCAUGGUUGCUUGUGAGACUUACAAGUUCGGAGAUCGUGUACAGCUUGAUUCUUUUGUCAUUAAUGAGCUUGGGCGUACAACAGGUAUGGAUGUACCACAGGCCGCCAAGAACAGCAAGGCAAACGAAGACACGGAUCCAAUGAGCCUUGUUCGAAAGCUCAACAUCAUGUAUGACAUUACGCCGGCAAAGUACAUUACGCUCUGCAUUAGUGAGCUUGGGUCCUUGCCAACCACCUCCGUCCCAGCGGCAUUGCGUGAG